GUCAAAACGAUGAUUUCAGUGAAACGAUCACAUUGGCAAUGUAAGACCGUUGAUGAACUCAAGUGUUGACUCAAGUUGAUCGACAGGCAAACGGACAAGCGAUUUCUGAAACUUCGUAUUUUAUUGAAACCAAGCUAUCGCGUUUCUGAAAAAAUAUGCGGAAAUGAGAGGAAAGGAUGGUGAACAAGAAGCGAGCUAUAAUACAGCAAGAGCUUUCCAUCAACUCGGCCUUCUACCCGCUGCAGUUCAUCACUACAAACUUGUUCUAGAAGCACCCCCUUCAACUCUGUAAGAUGAGUCUGACUUUGGCUUCAAAAGUCAAGUUCAAAGAUUUGUGUGACGUUCUUGAGAGAAUUUCCAAAGCUGCUGCUGCAGAAAAAUAUAGAUUUUUGGAACAGUUUAUCAAGCAAUGCCAAAUUCUUGGUGAAAAAAUUAAAAGUAGAGAUGAAAAAGCGGAUAUAUCACUCUUUCCUAUAAUGCGACUGCUGUUGCCACAGCAUGAACGUGAGCGAGGACCUUAUGGACUGAGAGAAAACAUGCUGGCAAAAUUAUACAUACGAGUCCUAUGUCUUGGAAAAAGUAGCCAAGAUACCCAUAAACUGUUGCAUUAUAAAGCUCCGGCAUCCGGAAAGCAAAUUGGCGGUGAUUUUGCAGAAGUUGCAUAUUGGAUCUUACGUAGACGUCUCCAGGGUCAAGAAAGUUCAAUGACGAUCCAGCAAAUAAAUGCUAUACUGGAUAAUAUUGCCAUAAAAAAUGCGAACAACCAAAGUAAGGAUGUAGAAUUUCAAGAGUUGAUUCAACAGUUAAAUGCUGUUGAACAAAAAUGGCUAAUUCGCAUUUUGCUCAAAGAUCUAAGGAUUGGCCUUUCCCACAAUAAAAUUCUACGAGCCUAUCACUUGGAUGCGGUGGAUUUGUUUGAUGUAACCACAAGUGUUUAUGAUGUCUGCGUCAAGUUGCAAAAUCCAGAAACAAGAAUGAAGUAUGGAAUCGAAUUAUUUUCACCGUUCAAGCCAAUGUUACUAGAGAAAUGCAAAAUUCAAGAUGUUGGCAAAUUUUUUACUGAACAAGAAUCAUAUUAUGUACAAACGAAGCAUGAUGGAGAAAGAUUUCAGAUCCACAUACGUGCAGGCGAGUUCAGAUACUUCUCUAGAAAUGCAUACGACUUCACCGAAGCAUAUGGCAAAUCUACAUCUGCAGAAGGUUCCCUGUCCAGUCAAAUUUUUAAAUUACUAAAUCCAUCAUGUCGCUCUAUAAUCAUGGAUGGUGAAAUGAUGGGGUGGCACAAACGUCACCGAAGAUUCGGUUCUAAAGGAAUGAGUUUUGAUGUCAAGAAGAUGACUACCAACAGCGCCCAUCAGCCCUGUUUCAUUGCCUUUGAUGUAAUUAUGCAUAACGAGCAAUUGCUUGUCGACAAACCUCUAACAGAACGCUUAAAGGUACUAGAAACAGCUUUCAAUGAAGAAGAAGGUGUAUUAAUAAGAAGUGAGACUGCAACAAUUUCUACUAAGUCCGAAUUGUUGAAAAUAUUCAACAGAAGUAUGGAUACUUUUGAAGAAGGUAUUGUCCUAAAAAAAUGCAAUAGCACUUACAAACCUGCAGUUCGUAACGGCAGCGGAUGCUACAAAAUAAAAGCUGAGUAUUCGACUGAUCUUGUAGAGGAUCUUGAUUUAUUAAUCAUCGGGGGGUACUAUGGAGAGGGAAGAUUUAGAGGUUGCAUCAACAGUUUUCUUGUUGGUGUGGUACAUCCUAGAAGCCCUGAUAAAGGAGAUGGCCUAGAAUUCCAGGCAGUCUCCUCAGUGAGGACAGGAAUCAAAAUCGAGGCGUUGGAAGAACUGCUUUCAAAAUUGAAUCCCUACUGGAUUCCCCAAUGUCCAGACAAUGUUAUUGGACCAAAGAAAGACCCUCCCGAUUUGUGGAUUGAGCCAAGUAAUUCCAUAAUCUUGCAGCUUCGCGCUACAGAGCUUGUGCGCUCGAACUCUUAUCCCACUGGCUACAGUUUGCGGUUUCCUAGGGUCAUUGCGAUUAGGCAGCAACAUGAAAAGAAUUGGCAACAUGUCUGUACGACGAAGGAAUUCUUUUCACUUAUCAAGGGCGCUGGUGUGAUUCAAAAGUUGACCAAGCGACAUGUUAAAGCUGAAGAAGUUGCAACUGGUCCUCCUACUAAAUCUCCAAGGAAGGAAAAAGGAUCAUCGAUCACAGUCCUAAACUACUCUCUUUGCGACAGCAGCGAUGUUUUACGAAAAAGUCGAUUGUUGGAGGGUAAGGACAUUUGCGUGGUGAACGGAAACGAUGACUACACAAAGCGAGAUGUUGAAAGAAUUGUAUUGGAGCAUAGCGGAAGUGUUGUGCAAAAUCCUGGAUGCAAAACGUUUUGUGCUAUUGUAGGAAAUGUCAAGAAGCUGAAAGCAAAGAACAUGAUCAAGAGUCAGACUUCUCAAUGUGACGUUGUUACAUUGGAUUGGCUCUUGCAUGCCACCAGACCGGAAAAUCUUGGAAAUCUCCAGACCUGGCUUCCGUGGGAACUGUUACGCUCUUCUGAUUCCACUAAAAUUCGGAUGUCGCUGAUUUUCGACGCUACAUACGAUAGCUAUCUGCACGAUGCGACUAAAGAAAGUCUGGAACGGUCUCUAGAAAAAGCAGGAGCAUUAGUGGGAAAUUUGCCAUUGACAACCGAACAGUAUGAAGAAAUCAACAUGGAACUCUUUGGAUCUAGCAUUUCUCCAUUCUCCCUAUUUCGUGGAAUGGUGGGGUAUAUCUGUUCCGAGGCAAAUCAACUGCGGCAAGAAUUUUGCAUUAUGGGGGGGAAAAUCACCACAGCUUUAAAUGACGGAGUGACGCACGUCUUCGCCAGAAAAAUUGAGUCUCGAUUAGCAGUUCCUAACGAAAUUCAUACACACUUGAAGAACAGUGAUUCUAAAGUAAAAGUUCUCGAUCAACAAUGGAUAAUAGACUGCUUUCAAGACAGAAAGUUACUCCCAGAGAUGAAGUAUAUGGUUGAGAAUUACGAUUGAACUUAACUUCGAAUGGAGGACUCUGAUAAAAAAAAGCCUGCUCGUGGUGAACAUUCGGAUAGAAUUACACUCCACGAAUUUUUGGAACACUGGAAGAACCGAAAUAAACCAAUUGUACGAUUUUUGCACGAUGAUUCAGUAUUUGUGAAGACUUCCGAAAUAUCGAUUUGAUGAAAAAAUAGAAGUUAUCCUAAUUGAAACGAA